AUGGAAAACCAAACCAGCAUUUCUGAAUUUUUCCUGCGAGGAAUAUCUGGCUCGCCAGAGCAACAGCAGUUAUUCUUUGGAAUUUUCCUGUGUAUGUAUCUUGUCACCUUGACGGGAAAUGUGCUCAUCAUCCUGGCCAUCGGCUCUGACCCACACCUCCACACCCCCAUGUACUUCUUUUUGGUCAACCUGUCUUUUGUUGACAUAGGUUUGACAUCCUCCACAGUAACCAAGAUGCUGGUAAAUGUACAGACACAACUUCACACCAUCUCCUAUGUUGGCUGCCUCACACAGAUGUACUUCUUUCUGAUGUUCGGUGAUCUGGACAGCUUCUUCCUGGCCGUGAUGGCAUAUGAUCGCUAUGUGGCCAUUUGCCGCCCUCUCCACUACUGCACGGUCAUGAGUCUGCAAGUCUGCACCCUGCUGCUUGCACUAUGUUGGAUCCUCACCCACAUCGUUGCCUUGACUCACACCCUCCUCAUGGCUCGGCUAGCCUUCUGUGUUGUUGGGGAAAUAGCUCACUUUUUCUGUGACAUAAUUCCCAUCCUGAAGCUGUCCUGUUCUGACACCCGCAUCAAUGAGCUGAUGGUUUUUGCCUUAGGAGGCACCGUGCUCAUGGUCCCCUUCGUAUGCAUUGUCAUCUCCUAUAUUCACAUUGUACCUGCCGUUCUGAGGGUCCGAACGCCGGGUGGGGGUGGCAAGGCCUUUUCCACCUGCAGUUCCCAUCUCUGUGUCGUCUGUGUCUUCUAUGGGACCCUCUUCAGUGCUUAUCUGUGUCCUCCAUCCAUUGCCUCUGAAGACAAGGACAUUGCAGCAGCUGCAGUGUACACUCUAGUGACUCCCAUGCUGAACCCCUUCAUCUACAGCCUACGAAACAAGGACAUGAAGGUGGCCCUUAAGAGGCUCCUCAGUCAUAGGAGAAUUAUUGCUUCUUAG